AUGUUUGUUUUCUAAAGAGAUCUCCAUGCUGUCACUCCACGUUGGACACUAACGGCGCGCCGCCUGACGCGCGCGUGAGGGCGCACAGCGGAAGUGGAGGACUCGUCUCCAACCGAUCGGACCGACACGGCGUGUCUGCUAGCUAGUGGCAACAUGGGCUCCACAAUGGCUUUUUUAACACAGCAAACGAAACACUGUUCGUGGAUAUGCGCCUUUUUUCUGGUGGCCUUUUUCACGUCGCCGCCGGUCUCGGCAAAGCCGGACAGCCUCAGAGAAGUGACCGACGGGACGUGGGAGGAAAUCCUGACAGGAGAAUGGAUGAUUGAAUUCUACGCACCCUGGUGUCCGGCGUGUCAGCACCUCCAGCCGGUGUGGAAGCAGUUCGCGGACUGGGGGGAGGACAUGGGGGUGAACAUAGCCAAGGUGGACGUGACGGAAGAACCCGGUCUGAGCGGGCGAUUCAUCAUCACUUCACUUCCUACCAUUUACCACUGUAAAGAUGGCGUCUUCAGGAAGUACCAGGGAGCUCGCACUAAAGAGGACUUCCUCAGCUUUGUCGAUGAGCAGAAAUGGAAAGCCGUGGAGCCGAUUUCCUCUUGGUUCGGUCCAUCUUCGUUUCUAAUGAAUUCGAUGUCUGCUUUGUUCAAGCUCUCCAUGUUUAUCCGGCGUUGUCAUAACUACAUGACAGAGCAAAUGGGGAUUCCUGUUUGGGGGUCUUACGUUAUCUUUGGCCUGGCUACUCUGUUCUCUGGCCUUGCUUUGGGACUGUUACUGGUGUUCAUAGCAGAUUUUGCCUUCCCAUCACGACGCUUCUCCUCCUCAGACUACUACCAGAAAAAACAAACCAUGGAGCAGGCAAGGUUAAUCCAACGACAAGAGGACCACGAGCAUGAGGCGGACGGCGAGGAAGACGAUGAUGAAGACGAAGAAGACGACGAGGACCAGGAUGAGGUCUGGAGGCGGAGGAGGAGAGGGUCUCCAGAGGGCCGCCCAGAACCUAAAGGACAGGGAUUCUCUGACAAAGCUCUGAGGAAAAGAGUAAUGGAGAAACGUGAGAAGGAGGAGGAGGAGGAUGAGGAUGAAGAGGACAACUAGAGAGUCUGAUAGUUUCUACUCCCAAAGAGAAGAGCACCGCGGAGUCGGUGGAGUUGGAGGAGCUCCUGUCCCGAGCGGCAGCCGCGGAGUUUACAGCAGGGAGCCUUUAAAACCCCGUCCUCCCGACAUCCCCUUCUCCUCCUCCACUGGGCCCCCAGAAACACCUUGCUUCCUCCCUCCCUUGUUUUUUGACAGGAGCGCUUUAGACUCUCUCGGCCUGAGCAGCAAGCUCCACCUGGAAAAAGCAAAACGAAUUAAGGACCCACUCCUAACGCCCGUUUCCACGUGUGGUGACAAAUGGCCCGGCUGAGCUUUAGGUGUGAUGUGCAGUAGAGCUCAAUUUUGCCUUUGUUGUUUAUGCUAUGCAUCCUUUUUUCUUUUUUUAAAGAGCUAUGUUUACUAUGUCUAUCUUAGAAUUAUUGUACCAGGCUUGUGUUUGAGGCUUAUUUUGCUUAUCUUUCCCCCACAGCUCAUGUAUACAUCCUAUGUUUCAUGUUUAUUUUACAAACCCUGACAAUUCAACCCAACGUACCGAUGUUCUCACACACACACACACCACUCAUUUCAGUGUGUAAUUGAGAAAAGCGUGUUAAGGAAACUCCUAAGUGUUAGUUAUUAUCCUCAAGAUUUCACUCUUGGUAUAUUAGGCCACACCAGGGGUUACCGUGGCAACAGAAAAAUCACAACUUGUUGCAAUACUACCUGAUACACCUAAAACCGAUCCAUUAGUGGAUCAUGUAAAGAUAAAAAGGAACUGUCUUAUUUUUACAUCCAUUUUCUUGAAUGAUGGCUGACACACGUUGUGUCUCCUGUGACUUCUCCACAAUAAAGCAACCCUGAGUUUCUCUA